AUGACUGCAGGUGAUCCACCCCAGCAGAAGACAAGUCAAGGAAAUGAGAAAAAGAAAGAAGAUGAGAAUAUUACUCAAGGUGAUCCACCUAAACAGAAGAGAAGUCAAGGAAAUGAGAAAAAGACAGAAGACGACAAUAUUACUCAAGUGAAUGUCACUCUAGAAGAAUUUGAGAAACAUGCUUUAAGGGAAAGGAGCGGAAGGUGGAAGAGAAACAUCUGGGUUCAUUGUGAAGACGAAGACAAAGUUCCACUCUGGAAGACACCUCUGCUAAAGUAUUACACACACCAGGCAAAUGUGGCUAACCGGAAAGACUCUGCAAUGAGGAAACAAAACUUUCACAGGGAUGAGUUCCUACGUUGCACAACAUGCGGGAAGGAGCGCAGGUUCCAUCUCAAGAGCAGACCAGACAUUAAGAACUACCAUGAUGCUUCAAACAACAAAUGCUGGACUUGUUCUCUUUGGCCUUAUCAAAAAAUAACAUGCAAUGAUGAUGAAGAGAUAUCAAGUCUGAAAGCAAGCAGCGGCUGUUCUCGUUCUUCAACUUGCCAAGGCUGCUCAACUUCUUACUGUGAAGGGUGCAUAAAGUGCCACUUUGAGGAUUGCAAUUGCCAAGAAUGCAGAGACUUUAUGCUAAAUGCUAAACCUUAA